AUGGAGCGCGUGUCUCGGGGAAAGAGCGCAGCUGCGGCCGCCGUGAUGCUGCUGCUGUUCGGGGGAGUGAGCAGCAAAGUCUGUCUGGGCAGCAGUAACCAGCUCAACCAACUCGGGACCCAGCAGAACCACUACGAGAACCUGCGCAAGACCUUUGAAAACUGUACCUCAGUCCUGAAGAACCUCGAGAUCACCCACACCCAAGCCCAGCACAACCUGAGCUUCCUGCAGUCGAUCGAAGAAGUGGGCGGGUAUGUCCUCAUCGCCAUGAAUGAGGCGGUCACGGUGCCACUGUCCCAGUUGCGGCUCAUACGAGGACAGUCUCUGUAUGAGGGGAAUUUUUCUCUAUUGGUGAUGGCCAACUUCAACCCCAACUUCCCCAAAAGCGGAGACUACAGGAGUGGCAUGAGAGAGCUGCUGCUGAGCAACCUCACAGAGAUCAUGAAUGGAGGAGUAAAAAUUAUCAACAACCCGUUCCUCUGUCACAUCGACUCCAUUCAGUGGUGGGACAUUCUGGACCAGAGCUCCAAGCCCCACAUGGUCUUGAUACCAGAGGACCACCCCAAGAUCGAUUGUCCUAGAUGUGACCCCAGCUGUGUAAAUGGAACCUGUUGGGCCCCGGGGCCUCAGCACUGUCAGAAAUUCACGCGGCUCCUCUGUGCUGACCAGUGCAGUCACCGCUGCAGGGGCCCCUCUCCAGGAGACUGCUGUCAUGAGCACUGUGCAGCCGGCUGCACCGGGCCCUUGGCCUCACAGUGUCUGGCCUGUCGUCUCUUUAACGAUGACGGCACCUGUCAGAGGAGCUGUCCACGCCCUGUGAUCUAUGACGUCAUCACACGAGAGCUCGUCCCAAACCCUCAGGCCAAGUUCACCUUUGGGCCGACCUGCGUCAAAGCCUGUCCGCGUAAUUACGUGGUGACGGAUUGGGCCUGUGUGCGGAGCUGUCCCCCCGGGAAACACGAAGUCCUGGAGAAUGAAGUCCACCGCUGCAAGGACAGUGACAGUCUCAGCCCCAAAGCCUGUGAUGGCAUCGGAGUGGGAGCUCUCGUAAACACUCUGGGUGUGAAUUCCACAAACAUUGAGUUGUUCAGAAACUGCACCAAGGUCAUCGGAGACAUCAUCUUCAUCCCCUCAUCCUUCAACGGGGACCAUCAUUAUAAUGUCUCUGCUUUGGAUCCUUCUAAACUGGAGGUUUUUCAGACGCUCAGAGAGAUCACAGGUUUCUUGCUGAUCCAGUUCUGGCCGGAGAACUUUACGUCUCUGUCUGUGUUUGAAAAUCUGCAGAUCAUCAGAGGCCGAACGCUGCACCGGGACUACAGUCUGGUGGUCAUGGGAGCUCGGGGCCUUCGUUGGCUCGGGCUGAGGUCGCUGAGGGAGAUUAGUCAUGGGAAGGUCAUACUGAGAGACAACCCUGGCCUGUGCUACACUGGCCCUAACCAGUGGGAGAUACUCUUUGAGACCAAGGAACAGAGCAUCACCUACAAGUCCAAUGGCAAGCCCGAGUUCUGCCUGGCCCUGAACUCCUCAUGUGACCCAAUGUGCUCGAGUGAUGGGUGCUGGGGUCCGGGGCCGACCCUCUGUGUGUCCUGUCUGUACCUGAACAGAGGGGGACGCUGUGUUCAAAGCUGCUACGUGCUAGAGGGAGAGCCACGGGAGGUGGAGCUGGACGGACACUGUGUCCAGUGUCACUCGGAGUGUAAGGUCCAGGAGGGCGCCUUCACCUGUUCAGGACCUGGUCCGGACCAGUGCUCUCUCUGUGCUCAUGCCCAGGAUGGGGCUGUCUGUGUGGGGCAGUGUCCUCAGGGCGUCUCCCUCCUGGGCACUCAGCUGUGGAAGUACGAGGACGAGGAGCAUCAGUGUCAGAGCUGCCAUAUAAACUGUACCAAAGGUUGCAACGGCCCCAGCAUGUCGGACUGCAUCGGGGAGUCCCGCUCACCUGUCAUGGCCGCCGUCAUUGUGGGUUCACUCCUCGCCAUCGUUCUUGUGGCGCUUGUCGUUUUUGUUCUGCUUCGGCGGCGAAGGAUCACAAGAAAGAGGACGCUGAGGAGGAUCCUGCAGGAGAGAGAGCUCGUGGAGCCGCUCACCCCUAGUGGCCAGGCCCCAAACCAGGCCCUGCUGCGGAUCCUGAAGGAGACCGAGAUCAGGAAAGUCCGAGUCCUGGGCUCCGGAGCCUUUGGGACAGUCUACAAGGGCCUUUGGUUUCCGGAGGGGGAGCAGGUGAAGAUCCGUGUGGCCAUCAAAGUACUGAGAGAAGCAACGUCUCCUAAAGCAAACCAGGAAAUCCUCGACGAGGCGUACGUGAUGGCAAGUGUGGACCACCCUCACGUCUCGCGGCUCCUCGGUGUGUGUCUGACCUCCGCGGUGCAGCUGGUCACUCAGCUCAUGCCCUAUGGCGCAUUACUUGACUAUGUGCGACAUCACCAACACCUGGUGGGAGCCCAGAGGAUCCUCAACUGGUGUGUGCAGAUUGCAAAGGGAAUGUCAUACCUGGAGGACCGACACCUUGUGCACAGAGACCUCGCGGCUCGAAAUGUUUUGGUGAAAUCUCCAAAUCACGUGAAGAUUACAGACUUUGGGUUAGCCAAGCUUCUGACGGCCAACGAGAGCGAAUACCAUGCGGACGGGGGCAAGGUGCCCAUAAAGUGGAUGGCUCUGGAGUCCAUUCUGCAGUCAACGUACACGCACCAGAGCGACGUGUGGAGCUACGGAGUGACCGUGUGGGAGCUGAUGACUUUCGGCUCCAGACCAUACGACGGGAUUUCUGCCCCAGAGAUCUGCUCUGUCCUGGAGCGAGGAGAGCGACUCCCUCAGCCUCCAAUAUGUACUAUAGACGUCUACAUGAUCAUGGUGAAAUGCUGGAUGAUCAACCCGUCCAGUCGACCUCGUUUCUGGGAGCUGGUCCGAGACUUCUCAGAAAUGGCCCGUGACCCUCAGCGCUUCCUUGUCAUUCAGGGGCAGCUCCCGAGCCCGAGCGACAGCCGCUUCUUCUCUCGUCUCCUCAGCACGGAUGACGAAGUCGAUGCAGAAGAAUACUUGAUGCCUUACCGUGAGGGAGGGGCUGGCCUGGGCUGCGGGCAGGGUUCCGUCGCCACGGCAACGAAUGGAGCAGUGCGGCGAGGGAACGAUAUGGCUCUGCGCUACAUCGCCGACCCCACAGUCAGAGAAGAAGAAGAAGACCACGAAUACAUGAACCAGACCGUGGACCAGGCCGAUGUUGGGGCCUGUGGGUCUGAUGUCUUCAACCCCAACUAUGAGGACCUGACCCUGAAGUGGACUGGAUCAGGUGUGGCUUCUGCUCUGGAGGAACCAGGGUCUGCAGAGUACCUGAACACCCCUAGGAUACAGCAGAGGUUACCAGCCAUAUCUGCGGAGCUCCCUGAGUACAUGAACCCGGACUGGGACCAGGGAGGACCGGACUACGCAAAUUCAGACUAUGUGAACUCGGGCGACAGAAGCAGCUCCACUGUUACCCACAAUGCUCUAUUCCUCCCAGCGGCAGAAAACCUGGAGUACAUGGCUCUGGCACCGGUUCGCUAA